AGAGUCUUAGUGAACUUCCCAACCCCGGAGACUGAUCCAUCCAUCCUGCCUUGCAGGAAAGGGAACCCCUCAAACCUCAACACCCGCCUCGCCUCUCUGGACACUGCCACCGCGGAGGCGCUCAGAGCCGGAAGGGGACGCUUUGGGAAUGACCAUGCUCCACGGAGGGACGGAGCCAACCCCGAGCUUCUUCACACAGAGACUUCUCUACUAAAGCUCCAAAAAUUAAAAAAAAAAACCGUAAUUGCCAGAAGACUCCUUAAAUAUAUAUAUUCGGGCCACUAACCUCACAUGCACAUGGAAUAAUGACUCUGGAUUCUGCAUUGUGAGCUGCUUUCCACACCCUGAGAUUCCCCUUUGCAUUAAUUUUUUUCUUUGAAUUUGCAUCUCUUCAAGACACAAGAUUAAAACCAAAUUUACGCUACAUUGGAUUUUAAAUCUCUUCCGUUCCUUUAUCCUCCGUCUUUCUUAUGUGGAUAUGCAAGCGAGAAGAGGACCCUGGAUAUUCCCAACAUGCUCUCUCCCUUAAUCUGUCCGCCUAGAGGUUUGGCUUCUACAAACCAAGAGAGUCGACGAGCUGAAGAUGAAGCCCAGCGCAGAGUGCUGUUCUCCCAAGUUCUGGUUGGUGUUGGCCGUCCUGGCCGUAUCCGGCAGCAAAGCCCGUUCCCAAAAGAGCCCCCCCAGCAUCGGCAUCGCUGUCAUCCUCGUGGGCACUUCAGACGAAGUGGCCAUAAAAGACGCCCACGAGAAAGAUGACUUCCAUCAUCUCUCAGUAGUUCCCCGGGUGGAGCUGGUAGCCAUGAACGAAACUGACCCAAAGAGCAUCAUCACCCGUAUCUGCGAUCUUAUGUCCGACCGGAAGAUCCAGGGGGUGGUGUUCGCUGAUGACACCGACCAGGAAGCCAUUGCCCAGAUCCUCGAUUUCAUUUCUGCUCAGACGCUCACCCCUAUCCUGGGCAUCCAUGGGGGCUCAUCUAUGAUAAUGGCAGAUAAGGACGAGUCCUCCAUGUUCUUCCAGUUUGGCCCGUCCAUUGAACAGCAAGCUUCCGUCAUGCUCAACAUCAUGGAAGAAUACGACUGGUACAUCUUUUCCAUUGUCACCACCUACUUCCCCGGCUACCAGGACUUUGUGAACAAGAUCCGCAGCACCAUCGAGAACAGCUUUGUGGGCUGGGAGCUGGAGGAAGUCCUCCUGUUAGACAUGUCUCUGGACGACGGCGACUCGAAGAUCCAGAACCAGCUGAAGAAGUUGCAAAGCCCUAUCAUCCUCCUCUACUGCACGAAGGAAGAAGCCACCUACAUAUUUGAAGUAGCUAACUCGGUUGGGCUGACCGGCUACGGUUACACAUGGAUUGUGCCUAGUCUGGUGGCUGGGGAUACAGACACUGUGCCCGCCGAGUUUCCCACGGGGCUUAUCUCUGUGUCCUAUGACGAAUGGGACUAUGGCCUUCCUGCUAGGGUGAGAGAUGGGAUUGCCAUCAUCACCACUGCUGCCUCCGACAUGCUGUCGGAGCACAGUUUCAUCCCUGAGCCCAAGAGCAGCUGUUACAACACCCACGAGAAGAGGAUCUACCAGUCUAACAUGCUGAAUAGGUAUCUGAUCAAUGUCACUUUCGAGGGGAGAAACCUGUCCUUCAGUGAAGAUGGCUAUCAGAUGCACCCGAAGCUGGUCAUAAUCCUUCUGAACAAGGAGAGGAAGUGGGAAAGGGUGGGGAAAUGGAAAGACAAGUCCCUGCAGAUGAAAUAUUAUGUGUGGCCUCGAAUGUGCCCCGAAACCGAAGAGCAGGAGGAUGACCAUCUGAGCAUUGUGACCUUGGAGGAGGCGCCGUUUGUCAUUGUGGAAAGUGUGGACCCUCUCAGUGGAACCUGCAUGAGGAACACAGUCCCGUGCCAGAAGCGCAUCAUCUCUGAGAAUAAAACAGAUGAAGAGCCAGGCUACAUCAAAAAAUGCUGCAAGGGCUUCUGUAUUGACAUCCUGAAGAAAAUUUCUAAGUCUGUGAAGUUCACCUAUGACCUUUACCUGGUGACCAAUGGCAAGCAUGGGAAGAAGAUCAACGGGACCUGGAAUGGCAUGAUUGGUGAGGUGGUCAUGAAGAGGGCCUACAUGGCAGUGGGGUCACUAACUAUCAAUGAAGAGCGAUCAGAGGUGGUCGAUUUCUCUGUGCCCUUCAUAGAGACCGGCAUCAGUGUCAUGGUAUCACGCAGCAAUGGGACCGUGUCACCUUCUGCCUUCUUAGAGCCGUUCAGCGCUGACGUGUGGGUGAUGAUGUUUGUGAUGCUGCUCAUUGUCUCUGCCGUGGCUGUCUUUGUCUUCGAGUACUUCAGCCCUGUGGGUUACAACAGGUGCCUAGCUGAUGGCAGAGAGCCAGGCGGCCCGUCUUUCACCAUUGGCAAAGCAAUUUGGUUACUCUGGGGUCUGGUGUUCAACAACUCCGUCCCUGUGCAGAACCCAAAGGGGACCACCUCCAAGAUCAUGGUGUCAGUGUGGGCCUUCUUUGCUGUCAUUUUCCUGGCCAGCUACACUGCCAACUUAGCAGCCUUCAUGAUCCAAGAGGAGUAUGUGGACCAGGUUUCUGGCCUGAGCGACAAGAAGUUCCAGAGACCUAAUGACUUUUCACCCCCUUUCCGCUUUGGGACUGUGCCCAAUGGCAGCACAGAGAGGAAUAUCCGCAAUAACUAUGCAGAAAUGCAUGCCUACAUGGGAAAGUUCAACCAAAGGGGUGUAGAUGAUGCAUUGCUCUCCCUGAAAACGGGGAAGCUUGAUGCUUUCAUCUACGAUGCAGCAGUGCUCAACUACAUGGCCGGAAGAGAUGAAGGCUGCAAGCUGGUGACCAUUGGCAGCGGCAAGGUCUUUGCAUCCACUGGCUAUGGCAUUGCUAUCCAGAAAGAUUCCGGGUGGAAGCGCCAGGUGGACCUUGCUAUUCUGCAGCUGUUUGGAGACGGGGAGAUGGAAGAACUGGAAGCUCUCUGGCUCACUGGCAUUUGCCACAACGAAAAGAACGAGGUUAUGAGCAGCCAGCUGGACAUCGACAACAUGGCAGGCGUCUUCUAUAUGUUGGGGGCCGCCAUGGCUCUCAGCCUCAUCACCUUCAUCUGUGAACAUCUGUUCUAUUGGCAGUUCCGGCAUUGUUUCAUGGGUGUCUGUUCUGGCAAGCCUGGCAUGGUCUUCUCCAUCAGCAGAGGUAUCUACAGCUGCAUCCAUGGAGUAGCUAUAGAAGAACGCCAGUCUGUGAUGAACUCCCCCACCGCGACCAUGAACAACACACACUCCAACAUCCUGCGCUUGCUCCGCACAGCCAAGAACAUGGCCAACCUGUCUGGAGUAAACGGCUCCCCUCAGAGUGCCCUGGACUUCAUCCGCCGCGAGUCCUCCGUCUAUGACAUCUCUGAGCACCGCCGCAGCUUCACCCAUUCGGAUUGCAAGUCUUACAACAACCCGCCCUGUGAGGAAAACCUGUUCAGCGACUACAUCAGUGAGGUAGAGAGGACAUUUGGCAACCUGCAGCUGAAGGACAGCAACGUGUACCAGGACCACUAUCACCAUCACCACCGGCCACACAGCAUCGGCAGCACCAGCUCCAUUGACGGGCUCUACGACUGUGACAACCCACCUUUCACCACCCAACCCAGGUCAAUCAGCAAGAAACCCCUGGACAUCGGCCUGCCCUCCUCCAAACACAGCCAGCUCAGUGACCUGUACGGCAAGUUCUCCUUCAAGAGCGACCGCUACAGUGGCCAUGAUGACUUGAUUCGAUCAGAUGUCUCAGACAUCUCCACCCACACUGUCACCUAUGGCAACAUCGAAGGCAACGCAGCUAAGAGGCGGAAGCAGCAGUACAAGGACAGUCUGAAGAAGCGGCCGGCCUCGGCCAAGUCGAGGAGGGAGUUCGAUGAAAUCGAGCUGGCCUAUCGUCGCCGCCCACCCCGCUCCCCGGACCACAAGCGCUACUUCAGGGACAAAGAAGGGCUCCGAGACUUCUACCUGGACCAGUUCCGAACAAAGGAGAACUCGCCUCACUGGGAGCAUGUGGACUUGACCGACAUUUACAAAGAACGUAGUGACGACUUCAAGCGAGAUUCGGUCAGUGGAGGUGGGCCCUGUACCAACAGGUCUCACCUCAAACAUGGAACAGGCGAUAAACAUGGCGUGGUAGGUGGGGUGCCGGCUCCUUGGGAGAAGAAUCUGACCAAUGUAGAUUGGGAGGAGCGGUCUGGGGGCAACUUCUGUCGCAGCUGUCCCUCCAAGCUGCACAACUAUUCCUCUACGGUGGCAGGGCAGAACUCGGGCCGGCAGGCCUGCAUCAGGUGUGAGGCCUGCAAGAAGGCUGGGAAUCUGUAUGACAUCAGCGAGGACAACUCCUUGCAGGAACUGGACCAGCCAGCUGCCCCUGUGGCUGUGACAUCUAAUGCCUCUUCCACCAAGUACCCUCAAAGCCCGACUAAUUCCAAGGCCCAGAAGAAGAACCGAAACAAGCUACGCCGGCAGCACUCCUAUGACACCUUCGUGGACCUGCAGAAGGAGGAGGCCGCCUUGGCCCCACGCAGCGUGAGCCUGAAAGACAAGGGCCGAUUCAUGGAUGGCAGCCCCUACGCCCACAUGUUUGAGAUGCCAGCUGGUGAGAGCUCCUUUGCCAACAACAAGUCCUCAGUGCCCACUGCCGGACACCACCACAACAACCCUGGCAGCGGCUACAUGCUCAGCAAGUCGCUCUACCCUGACCGGGUCACGCAAAACCCUUUCAUCCCUACUUUUGGGGAUGACCAGUGCUUGCUUCACGGCAGCAAAUCCUACUUCUUCAGGCAGCCCACGGUGGCAGGGGCAUCGAAAACAAGGCCGGACUUCCGGGCCCUUGUCACCAAUAAGCCAGUGGUGUCGGCCCUUCAUGGGGCUGUGCCUGGUCGUUUCCAGAAGGACAUUUGUAUAGGGAACCAGUCCAACCCCUGUGUGCCUAACAACAAAAACCCCAGGGCUUUCAAUGGCUCCAGCAAUGGACAUGUUUAUGAGAAACUUUCUAGUAUUGAGUCUGAUGUCUGAGUGAGGGAAGAGAGAGAGGUUAAGGUGGGUAUGGGAGGGGUAGGGCUGUGGGCCGCGUGGUGCGCAUGUCCUGGAAAAGAGUCAGGGGUGAACUUGGCUCCCAUUCACUUUUUCUUGUUCUUUUAAUUUCUCUAUGGGAUCCUGGAGUUCUGGUUCCUACUGAAGGCAGCCCUCGUGGCCGGCCCCAUUUCUCCUCCCUCCGCAGGUCUCUUCUCCCCGCAUCUGUCUACCACCCCUAUAGCCAUGAGAGGAUAGAACCGGCCAAAGCGUGGGAGGAUGGAGAGGAGAGGAGAGGAGAGGAGAGGAGAGGAGAGGAGAGGAGAGGAGAGGAGACAGGAAGUGAUUGCUGCCUGUGGGCUUCUUCCUAGUGUGGAAGUGCUCUGAGCCCUGAGAGGGAGGCUUUCCUGAAACUGCUCUUUUUUUCGGGCGAGGAAGUGAAGGCAACCUAAGGAAGACCCUUUGGCCUCCCCCUCAUAAGAGAGAAGGGGCUUUUUGCCAAAUUCUUGCUGUGUGGUUGGUGGUUGCCUAGGGACCCUGUAAGCAGCAGAGGGCAGGAAGUGAUUCUGUGCUUAUAUAUAAGCCAAAUAAAAAGUUUGCCUCAGCCCCAUAAAACUGCAGUGGCGAAGCAAGGGGGAAGGCCAUUGGCAGACAAGGGAUUCCUGAGCAAAUUGGGACGUUCACUGUAAUAGUGCCCUAUGGUUCACUGGAGGCAAGAGCAGAGAAUUCUGUGUCCAUGUACACCUGUACCCGCGUGUGGUCAGCUGCCUCUAGGUAAAGAGGGGGGAACCUUGGCUCACUUGCCUUCUUCCACAGGCUUAAGGAAUAUGCUUGUUUUGGCUUAUAUAUAAACCAGUGCCAUAGGUUACCAGGAUUUGGGCUAGCUUUCCCUUUUUCUUUCUUCAGAGAGGAUAGAGGUUCUUGACAAAGAAGAUUCUCUACUGUAGGAAAAAAAUGACAAGAGAAAGGGAAAAAGACCGAGACAACCCUACAGACUAGUAUGUCAGUGUUGUCUAUAGUAACUAUAGCUUAGGCAGAGAAUUUGCCAGUAAGGCAUAAGGGAAACAGAAGCAGCCAUGAAUCUUUUAUCCAAUCUCAGAGCAAAAGGUUCUAGAAAACUCUUUUAGGCAUUUAGCUCUUUGACUGGCUAAUGUUUGAGGAAGGACUCUCCACAGAAGGUUUUGAAGAAGAGAAUCAUUUACAGUAGGGUAAGUGAGAGAGGGGGAUGUUUUCAAUGCUUUGAUCCCUUCUUACUUAACCUAGAGCUGAAAGGGUAGACAAAUCUCUCCAAAGCAGGCGAUGAGUGACAGGGGACAGACAGAAGAGAAACGAGCUUGUCCUCCAGGGCACAGCUCUGGAAGCCAGAGAGAGCGAAAGAGAUUUAGAAUAUGACUUGAACUAACAUGAACACUCCUGAAAGAACCUUUCCUCUUCCGCAACCCCCAGUUCCCUCUGAUUGUAACACUCAACAGUAAGCGUGUGUGCGUGCGUGUGUGCAUGAGUGUGUGCACGUGCGUGUUAUGUGUGUACGUGUGUGUAUGUGUGUGUGUGUGUGUGUGUGUGUGUGUGUGUAAAACUCCAGGUCCGGGAAUGGGGGUACUGGCAGGAGUGAUGCUCCCUCGCUUGAAGUUGGAAAUUGAAGAAGGGAAAUGAAUAUUUGUGUGCCUGUCCUGAAACUUGGGGUAGGGGUGUUCUAUGGGUCAGUUCCACUGUCCUGCCGUCCCCUCACACAGGGUGGCAUCCAAAGAGCCUGGGUUUGUUUGGAAGCAUGACUGCAGAAUCGCCUUGUCGCACACAGGACACAUAAACCAGAAAGGUGCUCACCUUCCUCUGGAACGAAGCCGCCAUGUCUCUUCACGUCACACCCUCCAGGGCUGCUCUUUGCCUUCCUGGUUGCCCUGCCUCACGACCCUCCCUCAUCUUCCAUCCUCGACUGCUGUCUCCCACCUUCCUCCUUGAUUUUUACCUCAGUAUCUUUCAUUUAAAAGCCAACCGAAGGCCUUGUUUUCUUUCUAAGAUGAACGUGGGGGCAAGGGGCUGAACCUCUCAACAGUUUGGAGAGAGGAGCGUGGAGUGCUUUACUUUAGGUUCCAGGAAAGACUCUGAGAGAGGUCAGAGGGCGUGAGGCAACUCCCGGAGGAAGGAGAAGGGCCAUAGAAUCAUUGCUUCACUCUGGCUCUGUCCAAGGGCCAGGGGCUCACCCCUCACUCUUCCUCUUACCUCACCCCUUUAAAACUGAAAAAAGAAAAAAAAAGCAAACCAACUAACCUAGCGAACAGCAAUCUAGAAAACAGGGGGCUCUGAUGGUCUCCACGGGCCACAGAAAUCAAGAUGGUGUUUAUUUCAUAUGUAAAUAUUUUGUUUUCUAAUUAAUUUUGUAUAGAUAAAGUGGUUUCCUGUGAGUAUUCAGGGUGUUGAGCUGGAGGGAGUGGGGUGGGGAUGGGAAUGAGGGGGGAAUUAUUUUGUUAUGGGUUUUCAUUUUUCUGUUGGGAGGAAUUGUUUGUUAGAUCCUUUGCUUUGGAGUGUCUGGGAAAAGUUCAUGGGAACAGAAGCCACAAUGGUGAACAAGCCAGGGGAAAGUCAUUUCUGUCCAUGCCCUGCCUCCAAAACCUGUCUUCCUGCUGGUUUGUGAGAAGUGAUUGUGCACUUUUGGCCUGAGUUUUGCAGGGUCCAAACCAGCAUUAAGCAAAACUUGGUCUGACUCUUGUCUUCUAGGGAGACCAGGAAAUUAUGACUCUGUCAAAGACAAACUGGUGGCAUCCGAUUUUUCCUCGUCAGUCCCUGGGCUUGCAAAGGUUCCCCAAAGGGCUUGAAAAAGAAAUGAGGUCUACUUACCUCCCAUUCUUGGAGUGACUGAGAGGUUUCUGGAAGCUGGAUUCUGAGAAAUCUCACAGCAGCCUUCUCUGAUUUUUAACCAUCAUCCUACCAGUCUGACAUGUCAUGCUCUAGUACCUGACCAUCCCAUCCCCCUUCUGUGUGCACCUAUAGAAAGGACCACUUCAGGCACACCCAAGAAAUGUCCAUUCUUCCUCUUUCAGCAUCAUAUGGCUUCAGGCUGUACAAGGACAGCAAUGGAUACAGGGGUCUUACAGAUUUACAUGCCUUUCUAGGAACGUCACCCAAUCCCCUCAAAAAUCAUUAGCCUAGUAAAGUAAUAGCUAAAAUUAGUUUCAGAGGUGGGAAAGAGGUCAUGUGAGGGACAGUACCAAUGGUGACUUUAUAGUUGCCUUGUUCUCGUUACUGCCAUCAGGAGGGUGCUAUUUGGUUCGAAUUAGGUGACGCAAAUCUGAUUCAAUAUUAACCAGACAAAUACAAUCUCUUUCAUUGGGUUGUUGGCUUUGUGAAAGAUAGCAGCCUCUCUCUCUCUCUCUCUCUCUCAUUUCUAAAUUGAUAUGCCCAGCAUACUGCCCUUCCCCCCUACUCCCCCCUCAUUAGAAGCUGCCAGUGAGAUAAUUUAACUGUCCUAAACCCCUUAUUUGGCCUCAGUUGAUUUCUGCAACUGGAUUCUUGAAUUGGGACCAAAGUAAGAUAUUCAUGGCCUGCUCUAAAAAGAAUAAGGAAAUGAAGUCUGUCAAGUUUUAUAUAUGAAAUUCCCCAGUAGCAAGUCAGUUGGAUACAUGAGGAAGAAUUCAGCAGCUGUUCCCAUCUCCAUCCCUGAUGGUUAUGAACCAAGACCCAAUCCAUCCAAAACUGUGAGGUUCUGCAGAGCCCCGAGGAGCAUCUUGUGUUCCGUGGUGUCCUUCAGAAUCCAUGCUUUCUCUCACAAGUGCUCUCUCCCAUUGUGAAAGUGGGUUGAUGGAUGUAGUCCCACAUCACUUCUCCUAGUGGAGAUGCUGACACUUCAGCAUGCCCAGUGACCUCAACAAUCUGAUCCUUGAAUUUGCCUGAGCGAAGAUGUGCACACCCUUUCAGAGUGCCGCAUGUACAGUGGACCUUGUUAUUCCCGAGUUGUCACUGUCUAUCCUCAGCCAGAGCUUGGGAAGCACCCUCGGUGUGUCUUCCCUGGGACUGGCCACAGCCAUUUUGUGAUUGGGGACAAAAAAUCCCAGAUGAUCCCAUUAAAUGUUGGUGGUGUCAGCAGUGCCCAAACGCAUGUGUAAAAUAGGAGUCCUCUAUACAGUGACGUGACUAUCACUUGCCCAGUCUUCCACGGCCACCAGGAAUUGCCCCAGGAAGAAUUCUCUGCAGAGUGCUGGUCACCUGCACCUCUCAUUUGAGAGCUCGGGUUUCUUUUGUUCUUUCUUUCUUUCUUUCUUUCUUUCUUUCUUAUUAGUUCAAGAUGUAGGGAAAGAUUAAUGUUUGGGCAAAAGCCUUUGGGAAAGUUAUUCCUAAGCUCACUUUUUUUUCUUUAAAUCACCAUCUCUGAAAAGGCCCCGUCCUUGCUUGGCACCCUGUGUGUGUCUGUUUUGGUGUGCUAGGAAUGACUCAGGUGUGUGCAUAAGUGAUGUAAUGGCAGUUUACUGGUGAAUGUGUUCGGUGUUUCUGGGCAUUGUGGCCAUACUAUAUGUUCCCAAAGCCAUAUAGAAAAUGUGCGAUCUUGGGGCUGCUGAAACAGUAUGGCAUUGCUGCCUUUGCUUUCUUCACCUUCUUGCUGCCUAAGGAUUCUUUAGGGGCAAGAAGCACCCGGAGGAGGUCAGUCAUACUGGGGUAGCUCUGGCCUUACCAAUGGCAGAUAACCUGUGGCUCGCUUCCAAGAUCCUGAAAGAGCCUGCCAACUGUUGACUUCCCAGGCAGAUUUACUCCAUUAGGGCUGAGCUGUUCGUCUGCUGUUGAAAUGGAAGCAUUCCCAGGAAGAGUGACACACUAAGCCAUAUUAGGGAUUUGUACAUUUAAACACCUAAUCUACAUUAGGAUUUUCAUUCCUUUUUCUGGGAAUAAGCGACCGUAAGCCAGCAAGAGAAAGCAACAGGUGCAUCACAAAGCAACAGAGCAGGGUGAAAGGAUAACGGGUCCAGAAAACAAGUCAUUUAAGCCAUGCUUCAUCUCUACCUGUUUAGUUAGGGCCCAUGGGGACCCUGCAUUAGGAGUUCUACCUGGGAUCUAUUUUCAGCACACAGUCAAGUACACAGUUUGGAGAUAGCUACAUCCUAUACCACAUAGGGCAGGUGAGAAUUGUGACCCGGAGAACAGAAGACAGUCGCCUUUCCUCAAAUGCAAGAUAUCAAGUUGAGAGCUACAAGGAAAAAUGUUCAAUCGCAUUUAGUAUACAAUCUAUUAGUAUAUUAUAAAAAUCACGCAUUAUUUCUUCUCUGCUCUAGAUCAAAUAAUCUGCCAGUUAACUAAUUUGCCUGCGUUCUAAACGUUCCUAGUUCCCUUCCCAAUAUUCUCUGCGAAGGAACCAGUUGACCCUCAGGUAUUGUUUAACCUGUGGACCUACGAUAUGGUUGGGUCAAUGUUAAAAUGCUCGUUCGUCAUUCUGAGAGCUUGGGAUAUUGAUCUAGGUCUAGAAUUCCACCUAGUGUGGGAAGGUCACCAUCUGUAUGGUCCCAAGCUGGAUGAACACAUUCUACCAUCACCCCAGUAUCACCGCACAGGUCCCUGCGGGUUCCAUGGCUUGGUACGGAAACUAUCUACUCCCACAACAAAGCCGCUGUCAAAGCCUUGAUCCAAAGGCAGUGCUUUUUCCCAUGCCUUGAAGAGAUUGGUGAAGUCCCAGUUCUCUAGGUAGUAUAGAAGUGAGGAGAAAGAGCUUUGCUCAGAGAGUAUUGAGUGGUCCUAGCAAUGCCGGCAAUGGGUGGAAAAUAUCGGGAAUCUGAUGCGUUUCUCUGCCCCAGCAUCCUUGUUCAGUGACGUCAGAGCUAAUCAUUGUGAACUGCUGGUGAUGUCCAUAUCUUGCAUCUGCUGGUGUGACUGGGACUGGUGGUGCUACUGGGGACUGAGAAUAGGCAAUAGAGUGGACGGUAGAGCUGCUCACAGCCUUGGGAUGCUGGUUUAUACCAUCUGUCUUGGUGAAAGUGAAAGGGCCCUUGGUGCAAGGAUCACGUUACAAUGAAGAAGCACAAUUCUAAGCUCAUCACAAAACCAUAAUUUUAAAGCUAUGACUUCCAACUUGAACUCUGUUUAUCAAUUAAUAAUUAUUUUAAGCUUGUGAUUUAAAGAGUGGUUCAAAAAAAAUAAAGUAAGAAGCUCUACAUAAAUAUGUUAGUUCAACUAAACCAACGUCUGUUGAGCAUUUACUAUGUCCUUGAGCUAAUGCUGAGAAAUAUAGAAGAGAUUUUAAAAUGGAGUAUGUUAUACUCGUGUAGCAUAUGCACAUGCAUAAGUAUAAAAUAUUUAAAUGUGUAUAAAAUAGGUGUGCAUAAAUUUCUGUGAUUUGACAUGCAGGUUUAAUAUGUUCUGGUUUCAGGGUUUGAGUCAAAGGUAUCCAUUAAGUUACUGAAGAAUACCACAGGCAUCUAAAUCUCCACAUCAUAGUUGAGCCUGGUCACUUCUGGGAUUAUCACACAUUCUAAGCUAAUGCUCAGAGAUUCCCUCUCGGGUCACAACCGUGCAUUUUUCUCACUCAUCUUUGCCAGCAUCACAGCCGAGUACUCUUUGUCUUGUGCACCAGACUCCCCUUUGCGAUCUUUUGGGGUCCUCUCCAGACAACAGGACUUCUCCCUGCGGCACCUUCCCUCCCUUCCGCACAGCUGACCGCGUUCAUCUCAAAACACAAUCUGGCAGCCAUCUGUAAGGACAAAUCUUUCCAUUCAGUUAGACCCUUGAAUCCCAGUCUAUCUCUGUUUAUCUGUGUUCUCCCAGCCUUCUAGAACGGAUAGCCGUUUUUCACAUGCACACCCAAUGUUUAUAGCUCUGCAAUGAGUCUGUAAUUCACUACUCACCUACAAACUCUAACAGCAAUGUUUCAAUGAGCAUCUUGCUACAACCCAACAGUGUUUUUCUUUUCCCUGCUAUUCACCCUUAGGUGUUACCCUUUGGGAAGUGCUGUGUUCUGAUUUGCAUCUUAGCUCUCAGGUCCCCUAUGACCUCACUGGCUUCUGCUUUUGCUCAGCCUUGACUUGGUCUGUGUUCCAAGUUUGAUUCUCCAUGUUAACUUUUCAUGAUCUUUCCGACUUCCACAGUAUCUCUGGCUCUGAGUGAAGCCAGACCCUCUUAGACCCUAAUUUUCUCUUCAGCGUAAUGCACAUAUUUCCCAUCACCUCGCUUCAGAUUGACACAGAUACCCAGAUCUACACCUACAAAUCAGCAUAGUGAUGAGCAGGUUCUCCUGGCUUGGUGGUUCCAUUGGUCACCUGUUACCACACUAAAGUUUUGCCAGGAAUUUUUGCCUCUUUCAUGUCCCUGAUUUUGCAAGUAUAAUCAUUUGGAAAACCUAUUGAUUCUCACUCAAAAGUUUUCCCGCCUCCCUUUCCUUCCAGGCCCUUCCCUCCCUCAGUGACUAUUUCAGUGUUUGAUAGCAUUGUCCCAAGAAUCAUGUUUUGGUCUACUCUCACCAGUUUGUGCAUCCUGACCAUACUUAUUUCAUCGUCCUUAACUCCGGAUGACAAGCCUUUACUGAGCUCCUCUUGACAUGGUUUUCCAGCAGGCAGCACCUUAGUUUCUGUGCUCUUUGUGACGGGACAGUUCAAUUACAUAGCUCUCCCUUAACAUUCCUUAGGCAUCUAGAUUUACUUGGAUCUCUUUUCCCCAAAUGUCUUGCUCCCAACUCUUACCUCCCAGCUGUCUUGCAUAAUCCACUCCCUCUCUACAAGUCUUCAAAGACAAUAACACAGCAACAGCAUCUGUUUCCUCUCACAAUCUGUGCAGAAAAACAGAGACAUAUUAUGAAUGUCCAUGACAUUUUAAUUUUCUCUCCUGGGUGGCAACCAUCAGAGACCAGCUUCAUAAUUGUUUGAGUGUACAUAUUGUCUCCCCUGCUAGAUUCUAACCAGGUCAUGGCUGAGUGUUCCGAGUAUGCCCUUGUCUUAAUGAUGUUUCUUUUCUCACCCUUUCUGAUGCUUUAUAACAUUGAGUUAUCGAACACUACACCUCCUGACAUAUAGCUCAAGUAAAAAUACAUCAAAAUUUCAAUGACUUGUUUCAGGGAGAGUUUUAGUGUCUCAACUCCUCUUUUCUCUGUAACUGUGGUUGGACUCAUUGCCCUAGAAGAGACAGUAUCACUUCUGGCCUAAUGCCCUUCUUGUUCUCUAUUCCUUAUGCAGUCUUCACUUUUUCCCUUGGUUCCUUAGAUCUACUUAACAAAUAUCACCUGUUUGUCCUGGUUAGUGAUUAUCUCUGUCUCUGAAGAAAGUCUUGGGGCUGGUCCUGUCCUCUUACCUAACCUGCUCUGGUACCAGCUAAUGGUCUCUUCCUUUCUCCUGGCCAGCCUCCUCUAUAAAUCUAAUGAUGGCAUUGGUCAUGAAUUAUUCUCCUUUGGGAAGCAUCUUCUGCCACCGAGUGCUAAUUUAAAGCAUACUGUAGUGAACCCAACUCGAAUAAGUUACAGGCAGGCAGUGACAACCCUGCUUUUCAAAACAGCAGGCAGAGUUCAUUCUUCAUCAAGACAGGAAGGGGUAGAAAGAUUAUUAUUGGCAAGCUGGAGUGAAACUUGUGACAAUUUAGGAAGUAUCUAGUAAAAAUUAAAAUGUUAAGUCUAAAGGGAUAGGUUUUUUUUCAGUUUUAAUAGUUGUAGAUAGUAUUGAUCCUAGGAAUGGGGAUAAUUAACAUUGGAGAACAAAGUCCAUCUCAUGAUAUUAAGAGACGCUGGUUUUAAGCCAUGAAAAAGACUGGCACUGGCUAAUGGAUGUGUGGAGAGGCAGCUGUUCUCUCAAAGAAGGCAUCCAGGAACUUCUGUUGGACCAAUGAAUGGACCAACAUUACAGGCAGUUUUACAUGAUUAUUUUAUGUCUUAUUCUAUCUGUGUUUUAAUUUACCAGUACCUGUAAAGGAUGAUAAAGUCAAAGAAUAAGAGGCCCAUAAUAGGACUUCCCUUCACGUCACAAGUAGAGCUGGGGACCUGUUGGUCCCUGGCUUUUAGGGUCCCUUCAGGAAGUAGAGAACUCCCAAAGGACCUUACUUGAGGCUGAUGGCUUCCCACAGUCCCAUUCCUUUGACCACAGACGAUUUGCAAAAACUCACCCUAACAUUGGAGAAUGAUUUCCAGGUGUCUUCCAGAUGAGGAGAGAAUUGUCCUUGGUUGUAACCUGAGAGACAGAAGCAAGGCCAAUUAAAAAUGAGGGACAUUACAAGGGGCCCAUUCCAAAGUGUCUGGGGACUUUAGGCUGUUUGAUUACAUGCUAGAAAUGCCAGGGGAGGUGUCCAGAAAGAACGCUGACCCUGAGGUAGGGAAGCUGGACACAGUCUCAUCUUUGAGGUCCUAAACGCUUACGGGACGUCUCAUCACACGUCAUCCCUGAGUCAGCAUCCUAGUCCUUUGGAUGACACCCAGAGAGCUGUCGAUCGCCAACCACUCUGGGCACAGAGGGCACAGCUUGUCCUACCAGCCUAGCUGUAGAAUAGUAACCUUUAUGAGCCCGCCUCCCCUUUGCAGGAGGAGGCUCUCAGUGCUGGCAUCUACGGACUGGAACUGCAGGCAACGUGGUCAUAGGGACGUGAAAGUGUGCAGGGCCCUGCUUCCUUCAGAUAAUGAUAUGACUUGUUUCCCAAAGGCAUUCUUUCUUCUUUAAAAACAAAGCAAGCAAGCAAACAAACAAACACAAGCUAUCCCUUCCUGAAGCCUCCAAAUAGUCUAUGUAGCUGCCAUUGCCACAUUUGAAUUGUAAUUAUUUAAUUAAUUAUUAUCAAUCACUAUUCUCUUUUGAAGUCAGGGCUAUGUUAAUGUUGCUAUAAGAAGCAUUGGCAAGCAAGAGACUUUGUUACUUUGUUGUCUUGGUCUGAGUUGUAUUUUCAGUCUUACAAAUCAGUGUCAUGUUCUUCACACAGUUGCUUAUAAUUCAACGACCCCUUUACCAUUACUAUUCUCCCAUUUGUGUGUCUACCCACCACCUCGCAAACACAUGCACAUAUGCACAUGCACACACAUACAUACCCAAUAUUAGGAUGAGAAGUUGAGAUACAUACAGAACAUUCAUGUAAACGUGAGAUUUAAUUUUUCUAAAUAGGACUUUUACCAGUAUAGUUCUACUAACAUCCCCCACCCUGUACAGAGAUGGCCAAGAUGUACAUAACUUAGCAUCUUGGACAAGAGGAGAAAAAUCAUUUUGUUACAGACUUUGAGAAUCUUUGGCAUUUUAAAUGACCAGGGAAAUGAGUUCAGUUUUGUCUUGGUAACAGACAAAAAAAAAAAAAAAAAAAAAAGGAUCACCAAGACAGGUGAAGGGCCAACCCUUCAGCAGUCUUAGUUAAUGCCACAGAGAAGGUCCAGGGCACUCGCAGUUUCUAGGAAGAUGCCACUUGACUUUUUGGAGAAGGAUGGUGUUUGUGAAAUCACCAGCAACUCACUUGGAUCUUCACCAUAUUUGGCUUCUGGCUUCUGGCAUAUUCUAAGUAAACCAAACAAAUCAGCAUGUGGAUAUGGGAUAAUUUACCGUCAGAUCUCCAGACGGCUUCCUUGAUGGGGACUUGUGGUGAGUUUUAGUUGGACUGAAGCCCAGAAGCACUGGGAGAGUCAAAGCUUCUAUUAUAAACUGUCUGCACUUUGUACCCCAGGCUAUCUCAGAAAGUCAUGCUAUGUGAGCUGCUCUCCAAGUUGUUGAUACCUAACAGUGGAGAAAAGUCAUGAAAUCCAGGCAGCUGGGUUAACCAAAUCAUUUGCACAAAAUUCAUCUUCCCAGAUCCCCACCCUGCCCAUCUCCCAUAAUGCGUCAGUCUGCAGAAACCAAUCAAACGGUGGAGCAAAGCAGGAAUCUGCAAAACAGAGAUAGAAAAGUUUCUGUGAUGAAGGAAAUUUGAAGAGCAAAUCAAGAUGUUUGAAUGUUGUGAGGUAAGACAUGUCACCUUACAUGUGCCAUGUAACUUUUAUUAUUCAAAAUUUUUAUAUAAUGUGUGAGAAGCCCAGAUCUCUCCGACUGAUACCCAAGGAAGGGGACCUUUUAAGAGUGUAUGCGAGGCAGUCAUGAAAUGCUUAAAGUGUCAGUAGUUUGGGCCAGCCCACAGGGAAGGAAACUUCAAGACAGAAUUCUUUACAUUCUUUUCCCAGGUAGUUGUAUCUAAUAUAGCCUGGUCCUAAUGUUAAGGCAUGAAUCAGUUCCAGAAACAUUACAAAGAAUAAUAGUACAACUCACAGAUGCAAUGAACUUCUGACAAAAGACCCAGUGUCCCCUAGAACCCAAAUAAAUAAUGAUUAUCUGCCUAAAUCCUGGAGGUUGGGGAACAAUGGCAUCUGCAGAGAAUGGUUGUGAGAUUUGAUUUUGCCCCCAAGAUUAUAAUGGUGACUUGUCCAGCAACCAUAGCUGACAGACUUCUGCAGCUACAUUCUCAUACAACCUAUCUGCUGCCUGAUGAAUGGAACCAAGUUUGGGAAAUAAAACCCACCUUUUCAAGAGGAUAGCAUCUUUAAUUUAUAUCUCAAGAGGUUUUGCUCCUUAUACAGGACAGUGUAUACCACGAUUGGUGAAAUGCUCUACCUUAAUGUAAGCCUGAACCAACUUAAUCAGUCCUUCCUGUCCCAGGGAGGAUGCAGCAAAGUGGGGAGCAUCACUUUUGCCGUGAAGGCAUCCCAAGAAUCUGGUUCAAAAACCUGGUGUGGAGAGAGGAGGAAAUUACUCAUUCCCAUGCAUGCGGGGAGGAAUUGAGACCAGUGAGUGAAUGCUCCUCAAACUGAAAGUUUAGAAUCAAGUUGGUGACAAAUAGCAUUUCUCUCCCACUCUUGUGACGCCUGAUAGCUGGCAUAAGAUCAUGUUGGUACAUGUAGAAAGCUGAGAAAGAGGGCAGCCUAUUCCACCUUGGUGCCAUGAUGACUUCAUUUUUCUUACAAUUUUCAUUACCUAUGUCAUGAUGCUCCUUAGUAACAUAACAGGGCCAAGACCUGGUGGGUGUUGGAGCAUCUGAUCCCCCUGAGAUGACCCUUCCUUCUCUGGUGCUAUGCUCAGAUUCAUCGUGGAGCAGAAUGGAAGGAAGAUUCAUAGGACCCUAAAGGCAUGGGUAGAAAAUUACUUAAUUGAAACCACAAAGCUCUUGUGUUUAAUAUUAAAUAUUAAAAUGGAAAUGAAAAAGGCAACCCUCCAGCACAACUGCCCACAGUACAGAUUGGGAAAGCAUUAUGGGAAAAGGUUUAAAAAGCAAGUCAAACUAAAAGUAUAUACAGAAUCAGGGUAGCUUCCUAUUCUGAGGGUAUUACAGCUGGCGUGGAUGCUUCCUAUGCAUAGACAGAAUUAGGGAGAAGUCGAUGUUGGAGCCUGGGACUCUCUCCUUGGAGCAGUGUCCACAUGAACCUAGACCCCUUGCUCCUGACCUUAAGGAUAGACUGCAAUUGCUCUCAUAGUGUAGAUUGAGUUCUUCCUAAGCCAGGCUUGCCCCCCUGAUCGUUGAGCCCUGGAAUAACUCAUAACCUUUCCCUGGUCUCUUGGCCUCGGUCACUUCUAUUAAAGAACAAUCCUUAAAGCCUAUUUGGGUAGGCCUGUGGGAUGAAGCCAACCUGGGUGAAGGUGGGAAAUGGCCAAUGAGAUUCAACCCUGAGAAGAGAAGCCUCGCAGGAGCACGUACAUGCCCACUAACCUCUAAUCUAGUCGGAAAGUCAGAGAGCUUUUGUGGAUGUGCGGUUCUUUCUUUCAAUGAAACAAGGCAGAGCGUUCAUAUUCUCUCCAUCUGCUGCUGGUUCUCUGGGAUGCUAAAUCUGCUUCUCUUCCCAGCAAGAGAAAUCAGACUAAGAACAAAAGCCUACCCUUCUCAGACAGCUGUGACAGUCUUCUUUCUGCGUGUCUUGGCUUCUUGUCUCUCUCUCUCUGUCACAUGAUGAGGAAAUCUUCAGGGCCAUCUCCCACCAAACAAACCAGCAAAGUACGAUACAGAAAUUCGCAAAGAAUGAGCAGUAUUAGCAUAUUUCAUUUAAUCCCAGUGGUCUUUGGGGAAUCGCAUUCUGUUUGUAAUCCACCUCACCUCUGAGACCCUUUCCUCUCCUAGAAGUCAUGCUAACAAUAGGAAUUUCACUGCUUCACCGUUGACAAAAGGAAUGAGAGCUAUGUUAGGAAACCGACCCAAAUUAUUUAUUUUUAUAGCCACUGAAAAGUAGGUUUUAUAUUGACAACAACUCUUCCAGUUCUUCCCAUAGAAAUCCUUCUUGACCUCUCGGUCUCUUGCCGUAUAUCCCGAUUCGACUUCUUGAUUUGGGUUCCCUCUCUACCAUGUUCUCCUGUUAUAGAAGAGUGUGCCCCUUCCAAUAGAUUCUUAUUUAAACAGGUUGCUCAGAAGAAGAUCUGAGAAUUAAUUUCUCAUUGGUUUUCUUGUUCUUCUUUAAUUUGGAAAGGAGUUAGAAAAAAAUAGUAAGCAAGAAAGCAAGCACGGCCUUGUUUUCAGAGGCUUCAACUCAAGGUCAAGUGCCAGGAAAGUGAGUGUCCCCAAGUGAGAGCCGAGGAUCUGCUGAAGGAAGGGACAUGCUGCAGAAUAUUAAGCAGCCACUGAGCAGGUACACAUGGGCUUUGGUCAAGAUGAUGUCUGCGUACAGGGAGGCUUUAAUCUCUCACCCUAGCUCUCCUCCCCACAUCCCUCUUUUUCUCCAUCAUUUCAAGGCACAAGAUCCAUGCUUGGAGAAUGUUUUCGUUUGAACACACCGAUGGUGUCGCACUCUUCCCGGCUUUCCUGUGCCUUAGGAACAGAGAAAACCAGUGCCUCUAAAUCUUCCAGCCAAUGAGUUGUUGCUUGUCAGUUCUGAAUUGUUCAUAGUACAUGCUAUUAAAAUGAGAGAAAACUCGAGUGGGAAAUAGAUUCAGUGACAAGAAGCCCAGCGCAUUGUUCUGAAAUAAUGUUCUUCACCAAGCUAAGCCAAAUUCCAGGAGUAAAAGAAAGGGGUUUAGAGCACAGGAGAGGAUAAUGUUCAAAUAGUUCAUAAUGUUCAAGAUGCUCUGAUUAUUCUCCUUAAAACUGUUGUCCAUCACCCCCAUGAGCUCUCGUGGAAGGAGAAGCCUGCUGCCACUGAUUGCUCAGAGACAGCUGGAUUUACUUUAGAAACAGGUACAGGCUUUCUUGCAGGAAGGUACUGGCCUCAGCUCGUCAAGAACUCAUCUCCAGACCUUAGGGCAGCUCCUCACUGACCAUCUCCAUUCUCCAGUCUAGAAUGUUCUGAACAGAAGAGCUUCAUGCUCAUUGUGAUGGCAGUUACUCAAUUUGGGAAGCCAAAGGGCACAGAGGAGAGUAGAAUAUAUCAAGAGAAUGGAGUUAGUGUAAGCUUUGUUAUUUCUUCAUCUUCUUCAAUUUCAGCAUGGCUUGACAUCACAAAGUUAGGUCACCUUUGAGAGAGAAAAAUCUCUUAAAUAAAAUUAUAUCUUCCCAUCCUGGUGGAAACACCAAGUUUUCUAAUCUGAUUAUUGUUUACUCCAGGAAUGAAAUUGGUAGAUUCAAUUACAAACAGGCAUUUUGAAGAUUGCUUUAAUCCUGAUUCUUACACACAUUACCAUGGAAUUUACCGGCUCAGACAUGAUCCUUUAAGCUGUAAAACCUCAUUAAAGGGAAAUAGAUCAUGUGUUAUGAACCAACGUGGUUAAAAGCAUGAAGUAAGGCUCCCAAAAUUCAGUCCAUCAAUUCCUCUAUAGCAGAAGGAAGUUGUGAGCCCAGGAGAGUAGGUGACUGAGGAGGAACAAUGGGGGAAAGGAACAAUGGGCACAGAGAAAUGGUCAACAAGGCUUGGGGUCAUUUUUUGAAUAUUAAAAAUAAUAAACCCAAAGUCAAUUCUCAAAUCCAAAAUGAGCUCCACAUUUGCCAAUUCAAUGUUCGCUUAUAUAACAAAUAUCCAGGGUCUAAAGAUUAUUUAUGUUCUUUGAAGAGGGAUCGUGGUGACUUUUUUCUGUUUUAUUUUACUUUUUAUUGGAAUUGCAUUUGGAAAACAUUUGUCUGCAGUUCUUGGGUAUGUUUAUUCUUGCAAGGUUGUUUAUCGGAUGGAAAACCUGUGCCAGGGCAGUCUAGGUGCUGGGAGUCAGUGCCUCACACGGCAGGUUCAUGUGUCACUGAGAGACUGAGAGGAAACUUUUCAUACGCUAUAGUAACUUUAAGAUUGAUAUAUAUGUAUACUAUAUAUGUAUAUAUAUGUAUGUAUACAUUAGCUUUAUUGAUGCUCGCCUAACACCUAGGUGAAAUGCAGGUUAGGUAACUAGGUUAGUUUGAAGGUGAGGGCCCAGGGAGGAAUAUUUUUUUUUAAUAGCCUAUCUUGUGAUGACCAGAAUGAUCCAGUAGAGAAAGAAAGUUGAUGGGGCUUGGAAAGAGAAGCUGGCGGCAGGAGUGAUGCCAACGAUGAGUCGGAGGGCAUGGAAUCUGACAUGCAAACAGGAGGACCCAUGUAGCGGCUGCUGCUGCUUUAUAAUAGAGGGGCCGGGGUGUUGGGCACAGAUGCAAGUAGGCAGCCAGAGCUGGGACUAUGUCUGUGUUGAUGGAGAUUAUUCAGUGAAAAACCAAAAGAGCUCACCAGCUAAGAGUGGUAAUAACUCAAGACUGCUUCAGUGAUCGAGCCAGGCAGAGGAGAAGAGCUGGUUGUCUCUGAUGUACGUCCUGCUUGAUUUGAUCACUCUAUCUGGUUUUAUGUGGAGGAGAGUUGAAAUGGUCCGGAAGCGACUGUGAGGAACAACUGAGCCGCUUCUAGGCUGGUGCCGUGACAAACGUGUGACUGGAACGCGUGCCACUCAGUAGGGCCGUUGGAAUCUCAAGGAUGACAGGACAGUGACAGAAAUGGCGAAGGAAUGAGAGUUAACGAGAGAUGGAAGACGGGCUGCUGCAGUAGUAGGCGGGCUUCCUCUUCUAAGAUGGAAGUGAGAGCAGCUCUCCUGAGCCUGGUUUACCCGUAGUUAGGGCUGGUGCUGGGAGUCUUGAUCAGCCUGCAGUGACAAGGCCUGGUAGCAGCAUGUGGCACUCUGCUGGUUCAUCAGUACCAGUUUUAUGAUUUUUUAAAAAAUACUGCAAGGUCCCCGGCGGCAGUGGGCUCUGGGAGCAGCCAGUCCCAGACAGAGACAGCUGCUGGCGGUGGCUGGUCCCGGACAGGGAGACACAUGGUGAGAAGGCAGGAAACAGAGACAUGGAUAGACACGACAUGUAGAGUGAGGUUGAAUAUUUAUUCAGGGGGUUACGGAGGGGGAAGGGAGAAGUAUGGACAGAGAGAGAGAAAGAAGAGGAGAAAGGGACAAAGAAGGGGGGAAGCAGAGUGAGGGAAGCACUUAAGUCAAGAGGGGGGCGGUGAGAGUCAAGAUGAAGCGCAGGGGUUGGCUUGCCUCUUAAAGAGAGGAAAACCAUAACACACCCACCCCACCUUUUCACUUCCACUACCAAAUUUGACUUUUGUUUAAUACUUAUUUGCUUGGAGACAAAGUUCAGUCCUCCUGCCUCAGCCUCCUGAGUACGGGGAUUGCAGGCAUCUACAUCCCGUCCUGGUUUGGCUCUGUAUGGUUUCUUAGGUGUCAUUAGCUGCGCCCCUGGAUGGAAACAACACCACAACUCUUACCUCCCGAUGACCGCAUUUCACCAUAAAUCUUGCCCUUUCUGCUUUAAAUGCUUCCAACUAAGUUGCUCUCCCUGGGGAAAUUCGGAAUUCUUUGUUCUUAUUUAUCUUGCCCUUUGUUCAUCUUUUGAAAGAAAUCUAGAAGAACAGCAAACAGCUUUGCUUCCGUCCAAUCCUAGCAAAUGACAACAGUUUCCCCUGACUGAGCAUUUUAUCCAGCACUUUCUUUUAUAAGAGAGAACAAUGGGCCAGGAGCAUCAGGAAAUGAUUGGGCAUCUUUAACCACUUCAGAGGGAGGAACGUUUUGGAUGAUUAAGAUGGGGUUAGAGAAGAAAGGUUUAGAGGGGCUGCAUAGGGAAAAGGGAGGAGGGAUACACUGGGAAAAUAUUAAAAAUUUGACCAAAGGCGGUGGCAGGGCUUGGGGGUGGGGUGGGGGAGGGGGACCCACUGCGUACCAUCUGGCGAUGUAGCGAGCAUAAACAGGACCCUGCCUUCUGCACAACAUUCUGCCUAUCUGACACCAAUGAUAGACUGCUCUGAUUUCAUUUCCUGGGCCUAUAGGAAAUCAGAAUUUGAGGAGACAGUGGGCGUUUCUACUGAGCUAGUUCUCCUUACCCUACAGAAUCUUGAGCAGCGGGCAGGUAAGAUUGUAACUGCUGUGACCAAUUCAGUUUCCCUUUCCACCAGAAACACGCACCCUCCAGCUCUGGCUUAUCCUCCCUGCCAUUCCUUUCAGAGAUUAGCUGCCAUUCACCCAGGCUCGUCUAAUGCCUGUCUUCAGUUCUGCGUCAGAAGAGCGUUACAGCCAACUCAAGGGUUUAGUCCAUGCUGUCUGCACCAGUGCUCCCUAGAACUCCUGUAGCAAAGGCUACAGGGGGUGUGUCGUGACUGCUCUAAUUCCUGCCCAGCAGGAACCCAGCCGUUCAGAAGUCAAAGGGACACAUCAUGGCUUCCAUCUACCCAAGUCCCCUGCUUCUGAUCACCACACCAACAUAACUGGGUAUGACUAUGUAAGAAUCUGUGGGAAAUGGCGAGAGAGGUGAAAGAAAGGAGACAGGAUCUUAAGUGGGAGGUUUGUGACCCAAGGGCCACCCCAGCAUUCAUACCUUAGAGUAGCCGUUGACACUUGCAGAAACAUGUCCAGGGAGCUAGUUGGAAUGUUAGCAUGGGGCCAGAGAAGACACGGGCGAGGGCAAUGAACUCUUCUUACCUGUAGGGGAAAAUCUCUUCUCUUCCAGGGCUCUAACAGUGUCGUAAGUACACGUAGCCACAAUGACAGAAGCAUGUCCGUGUGUGCCUGUGGGUGUGCGUGGGAGUCUGAGUGGGAGUGUGAAGGGGUGAAACACUGGACGCGUGCACAGCGGCUUGGGCUGCAGUCACAGAACCACACCUCUCCCAGAGUCAUUCUGGCUGGGGUAAGGGUCUUAGCUUCCCUGGUUUGGUGUCCCCUGCGCAGGGAGAGCCCUCAGGCUUGCCUAGACUCGGUGAGGCCAGAUCCCACAUUCCUCCCCUGGGCCAGCUCUCCUUCCUCUUGACUCUCAGAUCCCCAAUCCCAUUCACUUCCAAGUUCUUUUAGGUUGUUUGUUUUGUUUUUGUUUUCUGUAAAUAUCGAUUUCUUACUUUGGACAUGCAGGGAUCAAUUGAGAUUCUGGAGUGGGGGGAGGGGCGGAUGACUGGGUCUUUUAAUUUUUUUUUUCUUUCUCUCUUGGAUUUUGGUGUUUGAACUUGAAAAAAAUACUUACAAGUAUAUAUAUAAGCAAAUGACUUACCUUUAACAAACAAAAUAAGUUGAUUUCAUUCUUUUGUUUUAUCUUGUUUCUCAUUGGGGUAGGGUGGGGGUGGGGGGUCUUUUGGGUGGAGGGCUUUUUUGUGAGCUGUAUAGAUUUCCAGUUUGGACUUGUUCAAAUGAUGCAGGAACAAAAAUUAAAAUGAAUUAAAAAAAAGACAACAUAAAAACAAGAAAAACCUUUGUGAUGUAUAAAAGCUGUACAUAGUCAAAAAUCCUUUCUCUUUUCUAAUGGCAAAUUAUUUCUGUCACUUUAUAUUCAAAAAAUAAAGAAACCUACCACAAAUUA